GUCUAGCCCACCUGCCCCAGCGGAAUGCCAGGAACCUCAGGCUCCAUCGGCCGGAUUCAUUUAAUACUUCGCCCAUCGAUCUAUCCACCAUCCAUCCAUCCAUCCACCAUCUAUCCAUGAUCCAUCCCAUUCAUUCCUUUAUGGUCGGACCGUUGUCCUCUUCUUUUUCUUGAUUCUACUCUAUUCUCUUACAUCAUCACCGGUCUUUACGUCUCUAUCCUUUGUACUCAUCCUUCCCAACUGGGUCUCCAGCUUAUCGUCGACCCUUCCCCUCUCCAUUCGUCAUGGCUCAGAGCGACUUUAUCAAUGCGAUGACCAAUCGGUCGCUGCGCACUGUCCGUGCGGAACUUGAUUUCCUCGCGGAUGCGUCCGUUCUUACGCCGCAGCAAGUAUCGACCAUUCUGGCCAACCUACCCGAAGAGAGUAUAAGUCGGACCGCGAGCCCUGCACAGCAACCCCCUGUGCAUCAGCCUCCCGUCCUAUCUCGGGUUCAGUCUCCGCCGGCCCCUUAUUCUCCUCCGGCCCCCUACUCUCCUCCUACAAACCAGUUUGCCAACACGACGUUGAACGAGAAGGCUCCUACCCAGCAGCCCCCCACGCCGCACCAGUAUCCCAGUCCGGUUCCUGCUGGCCCCCCUCCUGCCUACCCGCAUGCCGGACCCCCCGUUCUGUCGUUCGCCACAGCGCUAUAUGCGUAUACUCCCACGGACCCUGGAGACUUGGCCUUGCAGCCGCACGACCGGAUCCAGGUUCUGGAGCACAUGAAUGCGGACUGGUGGCGUGGUCGCAACGAGCGCACCAGCCUCGAGGGUAUCUUCCCUCGAAGCUACGUCAACGUCAUCGAAGAGAAAGGGGCCGUCGCUCCUCCCCCGACCAAUUAUGGAAACGUGCCCCUCGAGGUGAGCCAGAGCGGCUCCGGUCCCGCUGACCCGAAUCAGAAGGAGAAUGGCAAGUUUGAGCAACAUGGCAAGAAGUUUGGCAAGAAGCUCGGCAACGCUGCCAUCUUUGGUGCCGGUGCGACGGUCGGUUCCAACAUUGUGAAUAGUAUUUUUUAAAGCCACAGUCACCUGCGUUUCUGAACCCAAUUGGUCACAUAGGCCUUUUGGUUGUUAGUGUUCGAAUUGGUCUUGUUAUCCCCUUUAGUUUGUACCAUGGGACUGGCGUUGGUGGUUUCUAUGUCUGGUAGCUUUGACCCCUUGAAAUGGACGAGUGUGCCACAAGAAUGAUCCUAUUGUGGGCUGAGGGAUACCUUUGAUAAUAGAAUUAUUGAUACUCCGUACAAUCUCCCGUUCUUGGAGGAACGUGUUGUGGUGCUUUGUAACAUGCAUUAAGGGUUACAACUACCUGGAUAUUCC